AUGGUAAGACACUGUGACAUGGUAAGACUCUGGGACAUGUCAGCAGGUCACCACGUCACCUUUAGUCAGCAGGAACCCCCUAGUCAGCAGGUCUUCUAUCGCCACGUCACCCUUAGUCAACUGGAACCCCUUAGUCAGGAGGAACCCUUUAGUCAGCAGGAACCCAUUAGUCAGCAGGUCUUCUAUCGCCACGUUACCCUUAGUCAGCUGGAACCCCUUAGUCAGGAAGAACCCCUUAGUCAGCAGGAGCCUCUUAGUCAGCAGGUCCUCUAUCGCCACGUCACCCUUAGUCAGCUGGAACCCCUUAGUCAGGAGGAACCCCUUAGUCAGCAGGAGCCCCUUAGUCAGCAGAAACCCCUUACUCAGCAGACAUUCUUUAUCACCACGCCCCCCUUAGACGAUAACCAAGAACGAGUGAUCAAGAACAAGAAAUAA